GUUUGUUACGUCACAUCUACAAUAUGGAGGACGUGUAAUUUUUGUCGUUACCUCGAUUUGCAACAAUAGUGUCCAAUAAUCGUUUAACAUGGGUGACAGUGCGAAUACCAAAGCUAAUUCCUCUCACAACGAGCCCGCUAUGAAGGGAUGGCUUUUCAAGUGGACUAAUUAUUUGAAAGGAUACCAGAGGAGGUGGUUUGUUUUACAAAAUGGUCAUCUGUCCUAUUACAGGGCCGAAAACAAUGGAGGUGUCCCUUCUUUGACAAUACGAAGACGUAGAAGAUUCAGACAGGGAAAUCAAGCUGAAAUGGUCCAUACAUGUCGGGGCAGUAUAUCACUACAUGGUGCCUUGAUAUAUACGGUGGACGCGUGCACUUUCGUCAUUUCUAAUGGUGGAACGCAAACCUUUCACAUCAAAGCUGCUUCCGAAGUAGAGAGACAAUCAUGGGUUACAGCUCUCGAAUUGGCAAAGGCCAAAGCUAUAAGGAUAAUGGAAUAUGAAGAGGAUGAAGAAGAGGCGGAAGAAUCAGGCGGCCUCGAAGACUGGUCAGGCAUCGUUAGAAAACUAGAAUCGCAACUGAAUGAUUUGCAGACUUGCGGUGAUGUAUUGGGCAAACACUGGAAGAAUUUGGCGAAGCCCCUGAGCGAAAUGGAAACCAACGCUGAUACUGAAGUGCUACAAGGGAAGAACAAAGAAGUUUGCGAAAGGGCUACUUUGUUCAGAAUUGCGACGAACGCUAUGGUUAAUUCAUGUGCCGAAUAUCUUAAAACGGCUCAAAAUCAUGGUCACAAAUUGGUGAGAGCCUUACAACACGAAAAAGAACAAAGAGCCAGGUUACAAGAUAUGGUGGAAACACUCGCCCAGCAACACUCGAAAUUGGAACAAGCCGCCACAGCUCAUACACAUCGGCCUGCAAAUCAGGCUGGGGACAACAUAUCCAUAGGGGGGACUCCCGACUCUUCUUGGUCACUAAUAAGUGAGAAUGAGGAGGAAGAUGACAAUGAAUUUUACGAUGCAUUAGCAGAAGGUGGUGGUACUCCAAAUCAGUCUGCUGAUGAACGUUUCACAUUGAACAUCAGAACAGGAACAGGACAUAGAAGAAGUAGCUCGGACAGCUCAAGUGAAACUGAGGAAGCUCAGGAAACGAAACAAGUAGUAGUGGUAACGGGAAAGCAUUCAAAUAUUCCACGAGUAGAACAAGAAAGCGGUACGGCGAACGUUGAAAUUGCUACAGCCAUAAAUAAACGUCAGAGAAGAACAAGGAUUCCUGAUAAACCUAACUAUCCAUUGAAUCUAUGGAGCAUCAUGAAGAAUUGUAUAGGGAAAGAUCUGUCAAAAAUACCCAUGCCAGUAAAUUUCAAUGAACCUUUGUCGAUGUUACAGCGUUUGACUGAAGAUUUUGAAUAUGCUGAUUUGUUAGAUAAAGCAGCAAAAUGUACCGAUCCUUGUGAACAAUUAGCUUAUUUGGCUGCUUUCACUAUUUCUUCAUACGCUACCACUAGCAGCCGGACAGGCAAACCAUUCAAUCCUCUUCUAGGUGAAACCUAUGAAUGUGAUCGGAUGGAAGAUUUAGGCUGGAGAGCGAUAAAUGAACAAGUGUCACACCACCCACCUAUGGCAGCUCAAUACUGUGAAGGUAGGGGUUGGAACAGUUGGCAAGAAUUCACCAUGACAUCUAAAUUUAGAGGAAAAUACUUGCAGGUUAUACCAUUGGGUGUAGCCCAUGCAGAGUUCAAGGAGAGCAGAAAUAGGUAUUCGUGGAGAAAAGUUACUACAACUGUACACAAUAUCAUAGUAGGGAAAUUGUGGGUUGACCAGCAUGGUGAUAUGGAAAUUAUUGGUAAGGGUAAUGCAGCUGGAAUAAAUUGUCAUCUCAAAUACAUCCCUUACUCUUAUUUCACCCGUGAUUCCCAACGCCGAGUGAAGGGCGUGGUGAUGGACAACACUGGUAGUGUAAAGUGGAUCAUAAAUGGUACUUGGGAUGAUCAGGUGGAAAUUGCUCCUGUUACUGGCAAUACUGGAACAAGCAGCAAUCCAAUUUACCAAACAGGUCCUUCUGUUGUUGCCUGGAAACGUAGACCCCCUCCGGAAGAUUCUGAAAGAUUUUAUAAUUUCACUGAACUUGCUGCUCAACUAAAUGAACCAGAAGAAGGAGUAGCUCCAACUGACUCGAGAUUAAGACCUGAUCAAAGAUUGAUGGAAGAGGGUAAAUGGGACGAAUCGAACAAAGAGAAGAUUAGAAUAGAAGAGAAACAAAGAGCUGUGAGAAGGCAGAGAGAGGCUGAAGCAGAAAAGGCGUCAACUGAAGGACGACCUUAUCAACCAUACCAACCCAUUUGGUUUGAACAAACUAAGGAAGACGAUUCUGAUGUAGUUCAUCAUACUUAUAAAGGAACAUAUUGGGAGGCUAAAGAAAAACAAAACUGGUCCGACUGUCCUAAUAUAUUUUAACUAUAUUCUAGUGCUAUUUUUAUAUCCUAUAAUAUUCCAAUAUCUGAGAGUUGAUUUUUACCAAUUUUAUUUCUGAAAGUUAACUUUCCCUCCUAGGAUAUUAGGCAAAAAUGUACAGGUAAAGGUUUAUACAGAGUAUCAAAAAAGUGGUUUGUUUUCUCUAUAUGGUGACUUUAUUCAUUUGCGGAAAUAUGUUGUAUGAUUUCCUGUAAAUAUUAUAUUUUUUUUGUAAAUAUACUUCUUUAUGUAAGCAAACAUGAAAUUGACAGCUUUUUCCUAAUAUGUGAUAAUGUAAAUAAAUAUAUUGCUUAAACAACAA